AUGGCCGAUUCAGAACGCCUUCUAAAAUCAGCCAAAUCCUUCUGCGAGGCAUUUGGGAGGGGAGAAGAACUGCCCAUCCUGCUGAGCUACUUCUGCAACGACUCCCACAUUAUCGAACACGGCCUCCCACUCCCGCAGCUUCCCUAUCUCGGCAAAAAGUUCGAAGGGUUGCAAGAAGAUGACGACAACGACGAAUCGCGAACACUGGCUGACUACUUCAAACUCGUCGGCAAGUACUUAAAUAUCGUCAACGAGCCGGUGUGGGGUGGCUGGACUAUCGAUUGCGAUUGCGGGGGUGAAAACGACAAUCCUCUCGGUGCCAUAGCGUCCUGUAAAGGCGACGCAACAUUUCUGAAUCGCAGAACAGGCAAGAAGUGGGAUGAGACUGUUCUGUACAGGCUAGAAUUGGACGUUGGGGGACGGAUCAAGGUACUUGAGAUUUGGGCAGACAGCUUGAGUGCGUUUCUCGCAACUCAGAAGUAG